AUGACGAAAAAUUUCGUCGAGGCAACACUAGAGUCGAUUAUCGAAGCGCGAAUCGAACAACAUAGACUCGAAGAAGCCGAAGAGCGUAAACUUGAAAGGGAAAGGGAGAGAGAAUUUGAAUUAGAACGUCUAAGGUUGACAAACGCCAAUAAUGGCAGAGAAAAUUCUCAAAAUAAUAUUCCGAGAUCUAUGAGAGAUUUGCAAAAUUUAAUGCAGAGAUAUAAUCCCGAAUCAUCGGAUAUUUCGCUUUACUUAGCGAUGUUUGAGCGUCAGGCUCGCAAAGCGAAGGUAGAGGAAGGAGACUGGGUGUCACAUUUGAUGGCUCUAUUGCCAAUGGACAUUGUUUCUAUUAUUCUACGAGAGCCGGAACAGGAGCUAGAUAAUUACUCCUACGUAAAGAAAAUUCUUUUGCAGCGGUUUAAGUUGAACCCAGAGGCGUUCCGCGUCAAAUUUGUUCAACACCAGCGUCGUGCGGGUAGUUUAUAUAAAGACUUUGCUUUUGAGUUAAAAAACUAUCUAGAUGAAUGGUUAAACGGAGUAGACGUACGAGAUUUCGAUGCGCUAAAAGACUUAAUGUUGACGGAUCAAAUUAAACGUCGAGUAAACAGCGAAAUUCGCGAACACUUCGUGGAUGAGUGGCCGAGUAUAAUAUCUUCUGCCGAACUAGUGAAGAAAUUAGAUGAAUAUGAAGCAGUACGAAAGUCCGUAAAAAAACCAACAGGUUUUACUAAAAAUACCGAACAGGAUUCAAAUAUUAACGAAAGGAAAAAAGGAGAAUUUUCAGAUCGAGUACGUCGCCAUGAUAAUGUUUCGAAAGAAAAAACUGCGGAGAAAUGGAAGUCAAGUGUUUUCGAAAAACGGAGAAUACCUAGAUGUUAUGAAUGUAAUUCAGAUAGUCAUCUCCGACCUCAGUGUCCUCGGUUAAAAAAAAAGACAAGAGGCCGCUGA